UGGAGGGAAGAGAGAAAGAAGGAAGCCUAGGGCUUAGCAGGUCCCCAGGAUCACUGGACAGGCCAUGGCUCCACGUUCACGGCAGCGAAGGCAAAAGAAACCUCCAUCAGUGACUCCUGUGGUUGGAGCUCCACCCACAGUUGAGACUCCUAUGCCUCUGACCCUCACAACACCUGACCCUAGCAUUGAUGCCCUUGGCUUCUUCUCCUUGGAUAAUAAUGUUCCUGGUCUAUCCAGCCUGAUUCUUCAAAAGCUGAACAUGAAAAGCUAUGAAGAAUACAAGAUGGUGGUAGAUGGGGGUACCCCUGCAUCAGGCUUUGGAUUUCGAUGCCCUCAAGAAAUGUUCCAGAGAUUGGAGGACACAUUCCGAUUCUGUGCUCACUGUAGAACAUUACCUAGUGGCCUUUCAAACUCCAAGGUUCUCCGGCACUGUAAGAGGUGCAAAAAUGUGUAUUACUGUGGUCCAGAGUGCCAGAGGUCAGACUGGCCAGCACACAGGAGGGUUUGUCGAGAGCUUUGUCAUGUGGCAGUGGAUCGUCUCAUGGAGUGGCUUCUGGUCACAGGUGAUUUUGUCCUACCCUCAGGACCUUGGCCAUGCCCAGCUGAUGUUGUGCAGGACUGGGAUGUCUGGUUUUCUAUGAGAGGGUUACAGCUAGAGGCUACACUGGAUGCUGUGCUGAGUAGCCAUGCCAUGAGCAUCCUCUGGGCCAGUGUAGGAAGGCCAAGGCCAGACCCAGAUGUUCUGCGGGGGUCUCUGAAGCGGCUGCUGACAGAUACCUUGUCACGACCCUUGACUCUGGGCCUGGGACUUAGAGCUCUGGGGAUAAGCACUGGAAAGACUGAAGGAAGCACAGUGCAUGUGGUUGGUGCUUCUCAUGUGGAGACAUUUCUCACUCAUUCUGAGGACUAUAAUGAGCUUGGCUACAUGUUUCCUGGACAUUGUGGCUUCCAUGUGAUCAUGGUGGGUGUAGAUGUGGCUACUAGCUUUUUACAGAGUACUGCAACGUCAACUCCAGUACCUGGCACCAUUCACAUUAGUGGCCACAGGGGCCUUUAUCAUGAUUUCUGGGAAGAACAGGUAGAGACUGGAAAGACAGCCCAUCCGGAUAUGGUAGUGGCUUUCCAUCCAGGUUUCCAUGCCUCUCCGACCUUGAUGGAAGCUUGGCUACCUACCUUGCUGCUACUUCGUGACUAUAAAAUCCCUACAUUGCUUACCAUUUACAGCCAUCAGGAAUUGGCAGCCUCUUUGCAGAUUCUGGUGAACCUGGAUACACAUAUCAUUGCCUACGGAGCUAAUCCUUUUGCAUCCCUGAAGCCUGAACAGGUCUAUUCGAACCCAAACAAGCAGCCAGUGUACUGCAGUGCCUACUACAUCAUAUUUCACGGGAGCUCCUGCCAACUAGAUGAGAAGCAAUUAGAAGAGAAAAUAGAUGGUGGGGAUUAAAUGGCUGAGCCAGAUCCUAACUAGAUUUUUGGAAAAUGGGGAAGCUAUGAUAAAAUUGUACUGCACCUGCCAGGUUGUUGCCAAUGCUAAAACAUACCUUGUUCUAAAUCUCAUUCACUGUCCAGAUAAAGAGUCUAAGCUGAAUGGGAAUACCAGUAUGAUAUAACUGAUUUUUUAAGAGGUUAGCCAUAAGUAGCUUCUAAGGAGAGAUGUCUAGAGUUAGUAGGUGGCAAAAAGCCCUUGUGUCGGUCUUUCUAAUAGUCUGGAGUUCCUAAUAGUUUACUUUGUGAAUAAUUGUACUUUUUGACUGGAACCAGAUGGCACUGAAGAGAAGAAUAAGAACCACCAUAUUGUUCUGAUAAUGAUUCUUCUUUUCCUGCAUUUGGGGUAAACUGGAGAAGCUGAUGACUUAAAAGUGAUCUGGGAAUGGACAAGUCAGGGAAGUUUUGGGAGCAUGAGGAAGGUUGUAAGGAUUAGCGCACUCUCUUAUUUCCUGCCCCCCACCCAGAGAUAUAUCUUGUUUUCCUAUUGUCUUUUGGGGAACUCUGACCCUAGAGUGGACUUGGUGGUAUAUUUGAGUUAUCCCAUGUUAUAUCAAACUUUACCUGAAUUCAUUGACAUUAUUUCCUGUUCUAUACCACAGUAAAUUCAGUUUUGAGGGUACCGUUUGUUCGUUUGUUUUAAUGACAGAGCUCACUAUGCUGCCCAGGCUGACCCUGAACUUAUGGCCUCAAGUGAUCCUCUUAGCUUAACCUCCCAAAUAGCUGGAACUACAAGUGCACACUACACUGUACCUAACUAUUUUGAGGCUUCUUAAAUCAUUUGUUUUAUCUUAUUUCUUGCAAAUACUAUUCACUUGCACUGAAUACUUUGAAAUGGAAGAUUAGCAUCAGCUCUGUGUUUGGUCCUGCCAUGUCUCAUGUCUUUCUCUUAUAACACUCUGAGUAUUAUAACACUCUGAGGUAUUCAUUUCUACAACUUUGCCAUUUUUUUUUAAACUUUGCCAGUUUUAGAUACAUACAAUCUGCCGCCCCAGCAUACACAUAGGUACUCAUUACCUACUCUUUUUUUUUUUUUAAACAGUAUGUGUGAUAAUUUUGUCAACUUGAGCAGGCUCUGUAUACCUAGAUAGUUGAUAAAAUAUUUCUGGGUGUAUCUGUGAGAAUGUUUCAAGAAGACAUGGUCAUUGAAU